UUCGUUACAUGUGAUUUGUGUCUGUAGUUAAAAACAAAUAAUAAAAACAUGAAAUUUAAUUUGUUCUUGUUGCUGGUCGCAAUUUCUUGCUAUUUUUCAAUCACCGAAGGGUAUGAUGUUUGCGAUGAACUGGAUCAUUUAAAAAAUGGUUUGAAUAUUAUUUCUGCUAAACCAGAAAAAAUUGUCGAUCUCGUUGCUAACACAGUUAAUAGCAGAGCUGAGGAGAAUAAUCACGAAAUCAUAAUGAAUAUAAUCGGACCGAUUGCGACGCUCGUCAAAAAUAUAAUUUUAGUAAUCGACCAACUCGUUACCUUCCAAUUCCCCAACGGAAGCAACUUCCACGAAAUUAUUCACGACGCGUUAAUUUUCGGUUUGAAUCUAUUCGUGGGUAAAAAUAAACUUGUUAUGGAAACCUGGACUAAAUUAGUUGAUAAAAUCUUCAUGGUCAUUGAACUUCUAUACAACCAUUAUAUGCCAUUAAUAUAUCGAGUAGCUAAACAAUUUUCCGUACAAUAAUAUGUAAAAACUGAAUAAAUUAAAUUUUUACUUCGACUAA